AUGGACUAUAAGGAAGAGCAACAACAAGAACUUGAAGUUCUAGAGUCGAUUUAUCCAGAUGAGUUGAAUGUGCUGAGCGAUGCUUUUCCAAAUGUUCAAUUUGAAGUAUCAUUAAGGCUAGAAUUAGAUGCGAUGUUGGAUUCCAAUGUUCAGCUUAACAAAGAGCAUACGAUGAUGGUGAAUUUCCAAUUGCCUGAGAACUAUCCUGAUGCGGCACCAAUUAUCAGUAUUGAAGCUCAAGAGGUAUCGCUUGUAGACGAUGAGGAUGAGGCAGAAAGUGAAGAAGAACAAGAAUUCGAUGAACAUGGUAAUAUAAUGAUGACCAAAUUGGAGACUUUAUCAGAUAACAUAUCACUUUCUGGAUAUGUUCCAGAAUUGCAAGUUCAAUUGGAAGAACAGAUUGAGAAUGACAUGCUUCUGGGAAUGCAAAUGUGUUUUGCAUUAUUAUCAACGGUCAAAGAUAACUCAGAGAAUUGGUUUCAUGAAAGGUUGUCUGAACUUGAGAAAGAAUACGAGAAGCAAUUAGAGGCUCGUGAGAAAGAGGAACAAGCCAAGUUUAACGGUACCAAAGUCACUAGAGAAUCCUUUUUAAACUGGAGAGGAACAUUCAGAAAGGAAUUAAAACUCGAUGAAAGAGAUGCUGAUAGAAGAUUAGCUGCUCACCAUGGUAGAUUAACAGGUAAGCAGAUGUUUGAACAAGGUGUUGAUGGUACGACAGACGAUGUUAUGGAAGAUGAAGUUGACGAGGUGGUGGACAAUUUAUCUAAAACCAAUGUUUCUAAUUGA